AUCUUACAAUGUUAAUAUCAUUGGAUCUGGGAUACAACAAUUUCACAGAAUAUGGUUUGGGAGGCCUAGUAUCCACCAGGUGUGAUGUGUAUAGCUAUGGUGUGAUGUUAAUGGAAACCUUUACAAGAAAAAAACCAAGUGAGGAUAUGUUUGCUGGAGAUCAAAGCUUGCAGAGUUGGAUCAGAAGUUCAGUUCCACAAUCAGCAUAUCGAGUUAUAGAUGCCAACUUAGUAGCGAAUGUCGACAUAGAAGAUGGCGAAAAAAUUUUGGAAUCCGCAGCAUCUAUAUUUGAGUUGGCUUUCAAAUGCUCAGCAGAAAUCUCUAGUGACAGGAUUAGCAUGAAAGAAGCUCUAGCGGAGCUGGAGAAAAUCAAACGUCGAUUUUUGGGAUGAAGCCAAAAUUACAGUGGCAUGGCCUUAUCUCAGUAUUACUUCUCUACUUCUUCCAUGGAAUACGUCACAACGCCUAUCUUAUCCUCGGCUCUAGGCGGCCCACCAUGGCCGCGGCCGCGGCCCCUCCUUCCUUUGAAUGACAUGCUCGCUUCUGUUCAGUUUGCACACUUUCACAAAUUAACAAGAUUUACAUUUCCCAUUUUUUUCUAUUUGCCUUAAA